AUGGCCAGCUGGGCCUUGGAGCUGCUCGGCUUCUCCCUCAGCCUGCUGGGCUUCAUCGGGACGCUGAUUGCCACCAUCCUGCCGCACUGGUGGCGCUCGGCCCACGUGGGCACCAACAUCCUGACGGCCGUGGCCUACCUGAAGGGGCUGUGGAUGGAGUGCGUGAAGCACAGCACCGGCGUCUACCAGUGCCAGCCCCACCGCUCGCAGCUGGCGCUGCCCGCCGACCUGCGCGCCGCCCGGGCCAUGAUGGUCAUCUCCUGCCUGCUGGCCGUGCUGGCGGCCGCCGUGGCCGUGGUGGGCAUGAGGUGCACGCGCUGCGCCGAGGGCAGCCCCGCCAAGGCCUCCAUGGCCGGCUCCGGCGGCGUCGGCUUCGUGGCGGCCGGCCUGCUCUGCCUGGUGCCGGUGUCGUGGUGCACCAACGAGGUGGUGGUGGAUUUCUACAGCCCCACGCUGCCCACUGGGAUGAAGUACGAGAUAGGGCAGGCUCUCUAUCUGGGCUUUGUCUCCUCGGCCCUGAGCAUCCUGGGUGGGGCCCUGCUGUGCACGUCGUGGCUCGGGAAUGAGGCGCUGUUCCAGCCGCGUUCCGCAGCGCCUCCAUCCUCCAGGCCUCCCAGUGCCUCCAAGGGCGACCACGCUCCUUCCCUGACAUCUGCGUCCCACAGCGGCUACAGACUGAGCGACUACGUGUGA